AUGGCCCACUCCAUUGAGCCGUCCCGGCGUCGUCCGUCCUGCUACGCGCAUGCAAACUCCGAGCCCGAGCCUCUCCACAGUCCAUCCACCAGUGAAUCCCGGCGAAUGCCGCUUCCUCGACCUCCACCAUCGUCACCAUCGUCCUCGGGUACCAAUACCAUCCAAUUGACGCCUCUCACAUAG